AUGUGUUUGUACGCCUUGGAAGAUAUUCUAGAUGGACAUCUCUAUAAGCAAAAGUUUUCAGAUGAAGAAUUAAGUGAUAUGAUCAGUAUCAAUUUCAGUAACGACGGAACUCCAUUAUUUAAAAGCUCUUUGACAUCAAUCACACCUAUUGUUUAUACUAUUAAUGAGAUACAUCCUCAAAAGCGACAACAGUAUCUUAUGUUAGCAAGUUUAUAUCUAGCAAAGUUGUUACUUACUGAGGGUUUUCAUUAUAAUUAUAAUGGUUUAUACUUUCAUAAAAAGUGUAGAAUUUUAAUGGGUGUAUGUGAUUCGAUUGAAAGACCGGAAUUGCGAGGAUCAAAAAUGUUUCGUGGAGCCUAUGGAUGUGGCUUAUGGAAACAUCAAGGUGAAGAAAUUGCGAAAGAUAAUGGUCAUGUGCAAGUGUAUCCAAUCACUGAUGACGGCAAUGUGUAUGGAGAAGGCUUACGUUCUCAUGCAGAAACUCUUACUCAUGCAAAUAUUAUUGAAAAAGGUAUCAAACGUCGGUCAAUAUGA